CUUCUCUAUCUCUCUCUCUCGCUCUCUGUUUCACAUAAUGGAUCUCUUCUCUCUACAGACCCUCCUCGUCGUCUUCGUCUCUCUACGCCUCUAUUUCUACUUCUCCAAAAAGCAAAAACCCACCACCAUCAAACCAGGAUUCACCUCCUACCCCGUCGUCGGAACCCUACCGGAAUUUCUCAAGAAUCGCCACCGCUUCCUGGAAUGGACCACCCAAGUCCUCAGCCACUCCCCCCACAACACCGCCGUCUUCCGCCGACCAGGAAAAAUUCAUGGCAUCAUCACAGCCAACCCUCUCAACAUCGAAUACAUGCUCAAGACCAACUUCGAAAACUACCCGAAAGGUGAUCGUUUCAUCUCUCUCUUAGAAGACUUCCUCGGUCGUGGCAUCUUCAAUUCCGACGGCGAGCUCUGGAAGUUACAACGCAAGACGGCUAGUUUCGAGUUCAAUACAAAAUCACUCCGAAACUUCGUCAUGGAUAUCAUCAAGGAAGAGACACAGAAUAGAUUGAUUCCACAGUUGGUAAGAGUAGCCGAUUUGGAUCAAAUUGUGGAUAUGCAAGAUGUGUUAGAACGAUUCGCAUUCGAUAACGUGUGUAAGCUUGCUUUCAACAUCGACCCUGGUUGUCUCGGCGGCGACGCAACCGCCGGCAAAGAAUUCAUGCAAGCCUUUGAAGAUGCUGCGACUCUCAGCGCUGGGCGAUUCAUGUACGCUCUGCCUCAUCUAUGGAAACUAAAGAAAGCUCUCAAUAUAGGAUCAGAGAAACAGUUGAAGGAAUCAAUCUCGACCGUUCAUAGCUUCGCCGAUAAGAUCAUACGGUCAAGGAUGGAGGCCAAGCAAGAAAGCGCUGCUGACCUACUUUCCCGAUUCAUCGGGAAUGAGUCCGACGAGUCUAACUCGCCCGAGUUUCUCCGUGAUAUCGUGAUAAGCUUCAUACUUGCGGGGCGAGACACCACGUCAUCGGCACUCUCGUGGUUAUUCUGGCUCCUAGGGUCACGACCAGACGUGAAGGUUAACAUUCUUGAAGAGUUAAAAGCGAUUCGGACACGUAACGGGAAAAAUAUCGGCGAUCCAUACAGCUUCGAAGAGUUACGGGAGAUGCAGUAUCUACAAGCGGUGAUUUCAGAGGCGAUGAGGCUUUAUCCUCCGGUUGCCGUCGACUCGAAAGAGUGCCUGAAAGAUGAUGUCUUACCGGACGGUACCUUUGUUGCAAAAGGAUGGUUUGUGUCGUAUAACACUUAUGCGAUGGGGAGAAUGGAGAGUAUAUGGGGGGAGGAUUGUAGGAAGUUCAAGCCGGAAAGGUGGUUGGAGAACGGAAUGUGUCGGCAAGAAAGUCCGUUUCGGUAUCCGGUAUUCCAUGCGGGACCGAGAAUUUGCUUGGGAAUGAAUAUGGCUUUUAUACAGAUGAAAUCAAUUGCGGCAGUAGUGUUGGAAAGAUUCGAUAUGAACGUGCUUGAGAAGGACACUUGUCCUGAUUAUGUUCUGUCUUUGACGUUGAGGAUGAAAGGAGGGUUGCGGGUUAAACUGAGGGAGAGAUCCUUGGACGUUAUUUGAUUGAUUGAUUAAUAGAUUCAAUAUCGAAUUACU